AUGGGGGUCAAUCUGGAGGAAAUGUACAAGAAUCUCUCUCUCACGGAAGCUGAGAGUGAGGAGAUCAUUGUUGAUGUAGGGAAGCUGCAAGAUGCCGUUCUAAGUGGUGGAAAAUGUUUGGUAGUCAAAUUGCUCACUCAUCGUCAUUAUAAUCGGGAGGCUUUCAAACAUACUAUGAGGAGAGCUUGGAGGCCGGUUAGGGGUAUAAAAUUCAGAGAUCUAAAUUCUUCUAUCAUGCUAAUCGAAUUUGAUGAUGAAUGUGAUAAGGACCGAGUCAUUAGAGAUGGUCCCUGGUCUUUCGAUAAACACUUGGUGUUGGUUAAGGAGGUGGAAGGUCAUCAACAAGUGCAUCAAAUCCAGUUCACCGAGGCGUCUUUCUGGGUAAGAUUGCACGAUUUACCUUUCAUUGCUCGAAAUGAGUAUAUGGGAAGUCUGUUAGGUAGCAAGAUUGACAGAGUCAUUGAAGUGGAUAUUGUAAAAGGAGAAGUAGCGUGGGGUGAAUUUCUGCGUGUAAGGGUUGCCAUGGACAUUUCAAAACCUCUACUACGUGGAAAACUGGUGAAUAUUGGCCUUGAGAAACCUGUGUGGAUUCGAUUUUCUUAUGAAAGGUUACCCAAUUUUUGUUAUUGCUGCGGUCUAUUGAAUCAUAGUCAUUCGGAGUGUGUGAAAUGGAAAGAUCAACAGCACAGCGUUGGGGAGGAAGGAUUCCCUUAUGGUAACUGGUUGCGUGCUGGAAUACAAUUUACAAGACGCGGGCAUAGCCGGGAAGUUGCUCAAGAAUCUGAUAAAAAUAAGGCGGAUGCCUCGGUUCCUCUGGAUUCACAAAAUAGGAAGGAUGGUUCUUCGGGUUCAGAUCCAGGCGAAAAUCUUGGGACAGUUUGUGUAGCUUCAGUGACUGUGACGGAGGUCCACGAUUCCGUGAUUCCAACGAUGGUUGCUGAUUCGGAGAAAGCGAUUACAAAGGUGGUUAUCAAGGAAACAGAGGCGGAUGAUAUGCAUGUGUUGAUAUCAGUGGAUAAAGAAUUACAGAGAGAGGAUUCGGUUAUUCAAAAGGUGAGCCUAGAAUCUUCACUAGACUCAGGUAAUGCUGUGGAAAUGGGCUUAAACAAUCCUGGCGCUAAGGUGGAUUUCAUUAAGCCGAAGGCCCAGGAGGUUCCAGCGGGGUCUAGACGCAGUAAGCCCAACGUCUUGGAGGGUCGUAAGUGGAAAUGUCUUUCUAUUCUUGACAAACCGAAGUCUCCAAUUUCAGUAUCCCCCAAACAUCUGCCUUCGGGAAGAAAAAGGAAAGUAACGGUGAAAGAUGGGGAAACAGAGGUUCGAGAUGCUAAGAGGACGAUGGUGUCUCCUCUUCCGAUCAUUGAGUCGGAGGUUUUUCAUGAUUUCCCAACGGCGGUGGUUGGGUCCCAGCACCGCCGAGAGCCAUGA